CCGGGGCCCGUCACGUCCGGGCGGCGGAGAUGCCGGUUAAAUUAAUUAUUUCUGCAACAGAGCUUCUUGCAGAAGGACCACCACACUGGUUUGCACUUAGGAAAAUAUGAAAAUAAUCAGGGAGCGUUGUUCUCUCUGAACUAAAAAAAAAAAAAAAUAAAAAAAAUAUCUGUGCCUUGCUGAGAACAGCUGCAGGAGUUGGACACUUGAAUCAAUGUUAUCGGAUGAGUUAGAAUCCAAACCUGAGAGUUGCAUUUCCUUCCCAGCAAGCCCAUAAUAAGAGUUGGCUGUUUACUCUCCAGAAGAAACAGACCUGCUGCUGGUUCAGUUUGUUCAAAAUACUUCCAUUCCACUGGGACAAGGACUGGUGGAAUCAGAACCAAAAGACAUCACCUGUCUUUCUCUGCUUCCUGUUACUGAGACCUCAGAAUGCAACAGACUCAUGUUGCCAGAUGAUGAAAGAGAUCUCACUUCUCCAAGUCACACUAAUUCUUCCAAAGAUGUUUCUUCAUCUGCUGUCUUGAGAAGUCUCCAGGUAAAUGUAGGCCCUGAUGGAGAGGAAACAAGGGCACAGAAUGUUCAGAAACCAUCUGAACUUCUGUCAACUCCAGAAACUUCUAGUUUAUUGCAAGACCUCCAGCCCAGCGACAGCACUUCAUUCAUUCUUCUCAACCUAACAAGAGCAGGGCUGGGGUCUCCCACAGAGCACUUGGUGUUUGUUCAAGAUGAAGCAGAAGAUUCUGGAAAUGAUUUUCUCUCUCAUGACAGCACAGACAGCAGUACCCCAUGGUUCCUACGAGUGCAAGAAUUGGCCCAUGACAGUUUAAUUGCUGCCACUCGGGCACAGCUCGCAAAGAAUGCCAAAGCAAGCAAUAAUGGUGAAAAUGUUCAUCUUUGCACAGGAGAUGGGCAGCCAAAAGAUUCAAGCCCCAUUCCUCAUUUAUCUCGUGUGGAAAGGAAGCUGAAGUGCACAGUUGAGGGCUGUGAUAGGACAUUUGUAUGGCCAGCUCACUUCAAGUAUCAUCUGAAAACACACCGGAACGACCGCUCCUUCACCUGCCCAGCAGAAGGUUGUGGAAAAAGUUUCUAUGUCUUGCAGAGGCUGAAGGUGCACAUGAGAACUCACAAUGGUGAAAAACCCUUUGUGUGCACAGAACUGGGCUGUGGCAAACAGUUCACAACAGCUGGAAAUCUGAAGAACCACCUACGAAUUCACACUGGGGAAAAACCCUUUCUGUGUCAGGCACAGGGAUGCGGUCGCUCCUUUGCUGAAUACUCCAGUCUUCGGAAACAUUUGGUUGUCCACUCAGGAGUGAAGCCCCAUCAGUGCCAAAUUUGUGGGAAGACAUUUUCCCAGAGUGGUAGCAGAAAUGUGCAUAUGAGGAAACACCACUCCCGAAUUGGAACAACUGGCAGCAGGGAGCGAGAACAGCCAGAGUCACUGAUGGGCAGCAGUUUGCUGGAAGAAUCGACAGUUCAUAGUAAGAAUCUCAUCUCCAUGAACUCUCAGCCCAGCCUUGGUGUUGAGUCUCUGCACCUGCCAGACACUGAGUCAAUUAUUGGAGUAGAAGAGGGCGAGACCAGCUGCUCUUUUUUCCGCCCUCUUAUAUGUGGUGACUGAGACGGGAUCGAUCAUUCCCCCUUGAGGCUCAUCAUAUUGCAGUGGGAUGAAUGAACAUUGCUUUAACUGUGCACAGAGGGGUGGGUAGAUAGUGGAUGAAUCCUAAAACUGGAGAUUGAGAAGAUCUGCUGGACCAAGUUUCUCUCUUGCAGAACUUAAAAGGUGAAGUCUGCUGCUUAGGUGUCACUUAGCCCAUGUUGUGGAACGCCAUUUCAAAACUGCUUAUGCAGUCCAUCUCCUAAAGCCUGAAGUGUUUGUUUUGCUGGAGCACCUAGGAGCCCCAGCUAAGGACCAGGACCUCAUUGUGCUAGGCACUGUUCAAAUAUUCAGUAUCUUGAGCAACAGGCCUUCCUUCCACCCUUUACCUUCAGAGACUAUAUUCUAAUACAUCUCACUGUCAGAAGCUGACUUACUAUAUGAAUAAAAUGUACUACUUGAUAUCA